AUGAACGACCAACCUCAAACAGAGUCAUCAGGCCUUAGCACGCCUGAACUCAUGAAAAAGGAACGCGAGAAGACUGCAACAAUAGCUUGCGACGCCUGCCGCAGUAGAAAGCAGAAAUGCGAUGAACGGAAGCCCGCAUGUGGUUACUGCAGAAGAACUGGAAUAACCUGCGAAUACCGGGCCCCUAAGCCGACCAAAAGGGACAAGUCACUGCAAGAAAUUCUCGAAAUUUUAGGUCGCAUCGAGCCUGAUAUCCAUGAAACUCGUGAACGGAGCGCGGAUAUUGCUACCAUUUAUCUCAUGCUCGAGUCUCUCAAGCUGCAGUCUCAGACCACAGCCAAGACUUUUGUCGACAACAGUGGCGAUGGAAUUCCGACAACCUCCACUUUUCAGACGUCCGGUCUGGCAAGCUUAAGGCCUCAUCAAGGUGGCCAGUAUCAGUAUGUGUCUGCCACUCAUCAAAUGAUGAGGUGGGACGCAGUGCGGCAGGUUCUCGAGGCGGCCGAACCCAAGAUUGAUGGUUUAGAGGCCGUUUUCCAAAACCCAAACUUUGCUGCCGUAAUGCUGGAACAUCAGGGACGUGCUAAAGGGCUGCCAUGCGAUCGAAUUCUACAAGGCGAAUUUGAUUGGGGAUCUGUGCCGGGUCGGUCAACGCUGUACUUUGAUACUUUCAAUCUGAUUCACCCUGUUCUAGAUCAAGAAACCUUUAUGAAUCACACAAUACAGUCGGCGGCCGAGGAUAACCUGGGGACAAGUGCAGAUUCCACAUUGAUGUACUUGGUACUGGCCCUGGCUGAGAUUGCGGCUGCAACACUAUAUCCCGAACCAAUUUACGCCGACCCUGGCAGCCACGAAGAGGAACUCCAGAAGAGGCCGCCAGGUCUCCGCUUCUUCAACGAGGCAAGGCAGCGCAUGGGUUUCCUUAUGGCCGGCUGCACUCUUGAGAACAUACAGAUAUAUAUUCUGGCGGGGCUUUAUUACGAAUGCUGUUCUAGACACAUGGAGUUCUGUAGAAUGACCAUUUCGGCAUCUUUGGCUUGCCACAGGCUGAUAACCAGUGAUCCUGGACAACUUCGGUCUGGGCGUCGAGGUAAUCUAAUCCGCCGAAUGUUCUGGUAUUGCUCCAUGAUGGAAUCAAAACUCAACCUGGAGCUCGAAAUACCCCUGACAUCUCUUGUUAUGUCAGAAGGGGAAAUGUCAACACGUGACGUGUUCAGCGGUUCGUUUGGCCAUGGCGAUACCGAGUUCUACGAGGAACACUUCCGCCAGCAAGUCCGCCUGAAAAGCUUCGCAGACGAUAUCCAUCGCACAAUGACAGCAAUAACUAUACGUCCCACCUCUGUCUCAGGCCCAUAUACAACAGCAGAACAGGAUUUUACUUCGUUGCGACUAUUUGAUGCGGUUGGAUCAAUAGCACGUGUGCUUAGUAGCUGGCGGGAGGAGUUGGUCGGAGCGAUGCGCUGGUUUGACAGCAAUGCCGCUAUUGUCCCUUCCCAAAGUACCAAGCAAGACUACGAUCAUUUCCUGCAAGAGUACCAGACACCCGUGCAGGAUUUACAGCAGAGCGGCUUUGUCUUUUCCAUCGAUCCUCGGGAUGUAGCAAGGAACCCGUUUCAACCGUCAUUCUCUGGUGAAGGGCUAAACCCGAUUCAUGACGUUCUUGACGCCUUGCUACGCAGCCGAUACUAUUAUCUGCGGUGCUUGCUGUACGGUCCCUUCAUCUUUAAAGUGCUACAUAAUGGGCGUUUUGGCCCCCGUGACAGGAUAGGGGCAGCAGAAUACCUCCGAGCCUGCCUCAUGUGGCCCAUACUUAAACCACCAGUAUGUUUCCGCAAGAGCCUAAUCUCUUGUCUCAUCUUCUGGUCUCACAAGAUUCUGGGCAUCCUUAUCAUUUUGCAUCUUUCUACAAAACACGAAGGGCUCAGGCAGGUUCGUGAGGGACUCGGACCAAGCUUCGAAAGUGAGGCAGAGGCGACGGUCAUCUUGUGCAUUGACUGGAUCAAGAGCCUCAAAGAUAUUGACGGCUCAGCCAGAUGGUGCUGGACAAUAGUCAAACGCUUGUACCAGCAGGAAGAUGACGAAACCAGUGCACAAUUUCUCACAGGAUUUUGA